GACGCGCGGGCAGUGAGGGCGUGGGGGUCGGCGAGCGUACAUCACCGUGGUAGCUCAGCUCGCUUCAAAACUCGUUUCAAGCCCAAACAUACACACACACACACACACAUGCGUGCGUAAAUAUAUUCGUAUUAGUAUACACCAGUGUAAGGAGCUGAAAUAUGACCAAACUAAAGGUUUGUGAGAAAAUAGAAAUAUAACAAAUGAUAUAACGUUUUAAGUGAACUUGUGAACAGAAGUUGAACGGAAUUCGGAAGUGGUCAAAUACCUCAGGAUUAAUAAAGGAUUACAUGGCCACCGGGGCUGAGAGGUAACGCUCUUCACUCCUUACCUGAAGUGAAAAGGUUCGACCCCGGGCCUGAGACUAUGGAGUGGUCCCUGCCGACCUACCAUAACCUAAGCCAUCAGGGCGACACGAGCAUCAUGAACGGGACCGUGAACACAAAAGAACUGAUGGCGUGGCUGCUGAAAAACCUCCCGGCUUUCAACUUGUCAGAUAAAGAUAGAAUGGACACUGUUACGGCGCUCUUGGGGAACGAUAAUGUCUCCUCCAACAUCACCGAGGAGGAGGACGCCUUCAACCAACAGUACUGCCAGUUCAACUUCAAGGAACAGUACAAAUGGCUACACUACCGCUUGGCCGUGUGUAUCGCUGUGACGGGUGCCAUUGCCAACUUCCUGACGGUGAGUACCCUGACACGGCGUAACAUGGCUACGCCCACUAACCUACUGCUGUUGGGGCUGGCGGUGGCUGACCUGCUGGUGGAGGUGGAGUACAUCCCCUACGCCACAUCCACGCUUAUAGGGGGCGACCAAAUCAUGGAGGCCAAGGAGCACGCCCUAUAUGUCCUCGUCCACGCCCACCUCUCACAAGUCUGUCAUACAAUCGCUAUAUGGUUGACGGUGUCGUUGGCACUAUGGAGGUGGGUGGCUGUGUGUCGGCCCCACGCUGCCCCCACAGUGUGCACCAUGUUAAACGCCCGCCGCGUCAUGCUGGUCGUGUACUUCGCCUGCCCGGCCCUGGCCAUGCCAACCUUCUUCAUGUACGCAGUUAAGGAGGUGUCCAACGAUGACGGAUCAAAGGUUUACUACGUAGACUUUUCUUCUUUCGCCCUCGCCCACAAUGAACUCCUCAAGAAGAUCAACUUGCUGGUGUUCAGCGUGGUGGUGAAGUUAAUUCCGUGUGUGCUGCUGACCCUGCUCUUGCCUGCCAUCAUCCGCGGCAUGUGGGUGGCCAAGAGGCGGAGGCAGCGGCUGGUGUGCCGCAGGCCUUCAGGUGUCGUGACCACUACCAACGGCGCCGCCAACAACAACACCACCAGAGCCAGCGUCUCACGGUCAAGUUAUAGAAAUAAGCUGUGUGGCAGGAGAUCCGUGUCCGUGGCCAACGGCACCGACCAACCCAAGACCCACAAGAAAGGAGAGCGCAGGGACAGUCUCUUCGCUAUAGUCUUCACAAAGGGCGCCACAGAACGGACCACCAGUAUGCUGCUGGUGGUGAUGCUGCUCUUCCUGCUGACAGAGGCGCCAAAUGGAGUCCUCACGGGACUCUCGCUUGUCUACGGUCACGACUUCUUCAAUGACUGUUAUAUUCAGCUGGGGGACUUCAUGGACUUGUUGGCGCUCAUCAACUCAGCGAUCAACUUUGUGCUGUAUUGCGUCAUGAGUGAGCAGUUCCGAGGAACCUUCGUCAGCAUCUACUGCAACUGCUGCAAGAAAGACACUCCGGAGUCCCAGGCGCCCACCAGGACCAAUACAAAGAACUGCAAAGUUCUUAACACUAAGAUAUGAAUCCUCUCUCUCAUACACACACACACGGUAGCUAGGUUCCCUCAUUUCACACUUCCUCAUUUGGGAAUAACUCGAACGCUACUGUGACACUCACGACCUCUGGACACAGCUGAUGGCUAACACUAAUUAUACUGGUGAGUGUUGUGUGGUGUGGCGGAUGACUGGUGAGUGUUGUGUGGCGGUAUGGGUGACUGGUGAGUGUU